AUGGGAUCAAAAUGGACCUUUUAUUUGUAUUUCUUUGCUCAAUUGUCUGCGGAUUUUGGAGUGUAUGCCGUAGUAUUAUCAGACCAUAAAUUAGUGAGGGAUGCUUUUGCUAAAGACAGCUUUUCUGGAAGAGCUCCAUUAUAUUUGACUCAUGGUAUAAUGCAUGGAAAUGGUAUUAUUUGCGCUGAGGGAGGACUAUGGAGGGACCAAAGAAAGUUGAUAACGACUUGGCUUAAAAGCUUUGGCAUGAGUAAGCACAGCGUGUCGCGUCAAAAGUUGGAGAAAAGGAUCGCUUCAGGCGUGUACGAACUUUUAGAAAAUGUGGAAAAAGCGGGUAGUUCUGCUAUGGACCUGUCGCAUAUGCUUUCUAACUCCUUAGGAAAUGUCGUCAACGAAAUCAUAUUUGGUUUCAAAUUUCCACCUGAGGAUAAAACAUGGCAUUGGUUUCGACAAAUUCAAGAGGAGGGUUGUCACGAAAUGGGAGUUGCCGGGGUCGUUAACUUCUUACCCUUUGUUAGGUUUAUUUCUCCAUCUACUCGAAAAACUAUAGAAUUACUGACACGUGGUCAAGCUCAAACGCACAGGCUGUAUGCAAGCAUUAUUGAAAGACGACGAAAAAUGUUAGGACUCGUAAAACCGGACGGAGCGGCAUACGCUUUACAUGACAAUCUUUUCAAUGAACAUCCAGAGGGUCACAUUAAAUGCGUCAAGUAUAGCAAACAUGCUACAAAUACUGAAGAACAUUACUUUGACCCGAGUAUUCUGAUACCAUCUGACGGAGAAUGCAUCCUAGACAAUUUCUUAAUAGAACAAAAGAAACGGUUUGAAAAUGGUGAUGAGUCAGCCCGCUAUACAUCUGAUGAACAAAUGCUGUAUCUGUUGGCUGAUAUGUUUGGGGCGGGUCUGGAUACUACUUCUGUGACAUUGGCUUGGUUUUUAUUGUAUAUGGCUCUUUAUCCAAAAGAACAGGAACUUAUACGUAAAGAGAUCUUGUCUGUAUAUCCAAAUGAAGAUGAGGUAGACAGUUCCAGACUACCUCAACUAAUGGCUGCCAUAUGCGAAACACAACGUAUUCGAUCUAUAGUUCCAGUGGGAAUUCCCCAUGGUUGUGUGGAGGACACAUACCUUGGAGAUUACAGGAUUCCGAAAGGUGCAAUGGUAAUACCAUUGCAGUGGGCACUGCACAUGGACCCCAACGUUUGGGAGGACCCUAAUGAAUUUCGGCCAAGCAGAUUUCUUGCUCCAGACGGUUCGCUGCUAAAACCUCAAGAAUUUAUACCGUUUCAAACUGGAAAAAGGAUGUGCCCCGGCGACGAGUUAUCUCGAAUGCUGUCGUGCGGUCUAGUAGCACGACUGUUCCGUCGUAAGCGCGUUCGACUGGCCUCCGACCCACCUACAUCUGUACAAAUGCAAGGCGUCGUUGGAGUCACACUUGCGCCUCCUCGAGUGGACUUUUAUUGCGACUCUCUUCAGAUCCUAUAA